AUGAGCGACCCAGCCACGUCCGCGCCUCCCGUCCCCGACGAUGAUCCGCCGUACGAGAACUUUCUCUGGUCGUUCACCGCCUUCUUCCCUCCCCCGUAUCGCGUGCUGCUUCUAGCGUCCAUGGGCGUGCUGCUCUUCGCGGUCAACGUCAAAGUGCUUCAGGGCAAGGGAGUCGACGUGUUUGCGCUGUUCAAAGCGGAUGAUGCGGAGAAGAGACGCUCAAUACCAACCUCGCCGCCACAUCGCAGCACCGCUUCGUCUUCUUCAUCCGCCUCCUCGGGCGAGAAUGGCGGAUCGACACUCCUACCUACAUCAAAUCGACCCGAUGCAGCUGCAGGCGUGCUGACCUCCGGACCGCUGUUCGUGUUUGGCACGAUUUUCUUGAUCUGGUCGCUCCUCGGCUGGGCCGCUUAUCGGUUCUACGUCGACAGUCUAUCCGGCGACGAAAAGGGUCGUCACGCACAAGCACUGCAAGGCUUCUCGAUCGCCAUCACCUUCGUCGUGCUCGUUUGGCCGGGGAAUCUGUUCUUCAAACCCAUGCGCAAGUCGUUUGGUCGCUCGGUGCUUGCGAUCCUCACACCGUCCUUUGCGCAGCAGAUCACGUUCAGCGAUGUGAUCCUGGCGGAUAUCCUCACGUCCUACGCCCGCGUGUUCGGGGAUGUAUGGUUGACAGCAUGCUUCCUGGUGCCACGCAAGGAGCAUCACACCUGGUGGAAUGGCAAGGGCAGCAUCGUCGUACCGUUGCUCAUCAUGUUUCCGUACGCCGUGCGGUUUCGACAGUGCAUCUCGGAGUUCUGCGUCUCCACCCCCGACGCGCGUGGUGUCAAGAGCAAGAGACCGUUGUGGAACGCGCUCAAGUAUGCAUCUGCGUUUCCCGUGGUGUGGCUCAGCGCGUGGUUUGCGGCGGACAAGGGGGAUAGUGCGGGCAAGUACGUGUUGUGGUUGGUGAGCGUGGUGGUCAAUUCGCUGUUCAGCUUCUGGUGGGAUGUGACGAACGAUUGGGGAUUGAGCUUGUUGCAGCGGGGGAAUAUGGGGAGUGUGGCGCAAGUCGCGCACAAUGCGGUCCACCUUCAUCGGCGUGGGACAUCAUACAUGCCGCUAGCGGCAGAAGACGAUACGGUCGCACUCUCCGACUUCAACUCGAACGAAAAAACCCAGCACACAUCGCUAGCGAUACCUUCGUCCUCCUCAAGCUCUUCCAUAGCCCCACACCGGCGACCGCUCAGCACGAUGGAACGCCUGCUUCGACCCGCACCCUCCCUGCUCUUCCCCGCAUGGAUGUACCAACUGGCCAUCCUCCUCGAUUUGGUGCUUCGCUUCUUCUGGUCCCUCAAACUCACCUCGCACCUGAGCCUGCUCAUCGAGUGGCAAGGGGGGAUGUUCAGUAUGGAGGUGCUCGAGAUCCUGCGGCGGUGGGUGUGGGUUUUCUUCCGCGUUGAGUGGGAGGUUGUCAAGCGUCGAGAGCGAAGUCGAGCGCACGAGGCAAUGGAUUGA